GGAGCAGAAACGGCAUGGCGUCAGACCGCAGCGAAUACGGACGGCAGCGCGCAGCCCGUCAAAGGCUGGAGGUGAUCAGCGGCCAUUUAGGGAGGCAAGAAGCGUCGAGCGCCGUCCAUAGGAACGCGGUACCCUAUAGGAGGUGGGUGCCGGGCAGUCGGGCUGAAAAAUCUGCCUGUAAGAGUGUGUCGGGCACAGCAAACGCAGCCGCAGCUUGGAGGGUCCGUACUGAUUAAAGCGAGCCGGCAGGACCUUCUCAAAUGGAAUGGCUGGGGUUUCAGGGACUCCAAGUUCCUCUUCAACAAGAAAGGCUUGGCAGAACUCACCGGAAAAAGGUAUCCGCUGAGUGGGACGUUGAUGCCUGGCUUAAAGGACUGGUUUGAACAUACGUUUGGUGCGAAUCUGCAGCACAGGAGUCCGGCUGUGCCCGCUCUGAACCUCAGUGUGGUGCCACCCCCUAACGUGCAUGCGGCCUUUGUGGACGCUCUGAAGGAGUCCGCCAUCCCCUGCUCUCAUGAGCCAGAGGAUCGUGUGUUUCACUCCCAUGGUCAUUGCUUACACGAGAUCUUUGCUCUGCGAGAGGGAAAAAUUGGCCGUGUCCCUGACCUGGUGGUCUGGCCUGGUUGUCAUGCUGAUGUGGUUAGAGUUGUAGAGCUGGCCUGUCAGCACAAUUUCUGCCUGAUACCAUAUGGAGGAGGGACCAGUGUGUCCAGUGCACUGCAGUGCCCCCUGGAGGAGAGUCGCUGCAUCAUCUCUGUGGAUACCUCACAGAUGAAUCGGAUAUUGUGGAUUGAUGAAAAAAAUCUAACAGCCCAUGUUGAAGCUGGCAUCAUCGGUCAGGACCUGGAGAGAUUACUCAAAGAGCAUGGCUACUGCACAGGACAUGAGCCCGACUCCAUGGAGUUCAGCUCUCUGGGUGGCUGGGUGGCCACCAGAGCAUCAGGCAUGAAGAAGAAUGUUUAUGGCAACAUCGAGGACCUGGUGGUCCACAUCAAGAUGGUGACCCCUUGUGGAGUGAUAGAGAAGAGCUGCCAGGGGCCCCGCAUAUCUGCUGGGCCUGACAUCUACCACUUCAUCCUUGGGUCAGAGGGAACUCUGGGAGUGGUCACUGAAGUCACACUGAAGAUCCGGCCUUUACCAGAGUACAGAAAGUAUGGCUCUGUGGUCUUCCCAAGCUUUGAGCAGGGUGUGUCCUGCCUCCGAGAGGUUGCUAAGCAGCGCUGUGCUCCAGCCUCCAUCCGACUCAUGGACAACGCGCAGUUUCACUUCGGGCACGCACUGAGGCCGCAGACCUCCAUGUUCAUGUCUUUCUUGGAUGGUCUGAAGAAGUUUUACAUCACCAAGUUCAAGGGCUUUGACACCCAGCGCCUGUGUGUGGCAACACUGCUCUUUGAGGGUGACCGGAACCAUGUGCUGAACCUGGAGCAGCAGGUCUAUGACAUUGCGGCCCAAUUCGGGGGCCUGGCAGCCGGUGAAGACAACGGGCAGAGAGGAUACCUGUUGACCUUCGUUAUCGCCUACCUGCGGGACCUGGGAAUGGAAUAUUAUGUGAUUGGAGAGUCAUUUGAGACAUCAGUUCCUUGGGAUAGGGUUCUGGAUCUUUGCAGGAAUGUCAAGGAGCGGAUAGAGAGGGAAUGCAAGGACAGCGGAGUCCAGUUCCCCCCUCUGUCUACUUGCAGAGUGACCCAAAUCUAUGAUGCUGGUGCCUGUGUGUACUUCUACUUUGCAUUCAACUACAGAGGCCUAUCGGACCCCAUGCGCGUGUACGAGCAGGUGGAGCAUGCUGCCAGGGAGGAGAUUCUUGCCAACGGGGGAAGUCUCUCGCACCAUCAUGGAGUGGGAAAACUCCGGAAACAGUGGAUGCAGGAGACCAUCUCCAAAGUAGGUUUGGGGAUGCUGAGGUCUGUGAAGGAGCAUCUAGACCCACAAAACAUCUUUGGCAACAGAAACCUCCUGUGAACACCUUUUGGUUGAUGGUCUGUGUGUGUGUGGGUACAGGUGGCUGCGCAUGUGUGUGUGUGUGUGUGUGUGUGUGUGUGGGGGGGGGUGUUUGGUCACGCACAUGGCUGUCUAAUCAGUUUGUUUUAGAAGCGUCUGGCUUUAGCCAUAAUAAAUGGCCUGUUUUAAUCAA